GGAAGGCUGUGACCUAUUUAUUGUGAUGCUGUUAUCCAUAACAAAUAACUGUGCAGACGUUCCCAUCAUGGAAAUUAUGACAAUGCACUACCAACACAAGCACAGUUUUUAUGAUUAAGCUAUAAAAAAAACAGUCGGAAAAAACACUUUGUUUGAAAUAGCCAAUAGAAUAAUCAAUGUCAGGCUAAAGUGUAACAAUAACAUUACAAUUACAGUGCCAGGGAAGUAAAUAAGUGUAAAUUAUAUUUAAAAAAAAUUUUUUUUCCUGGUGACAAAAAACUGAAUGAUUCUUCAAUAUAAAUCUGAAUGGAUGUAUAUGGGGCAAAGAAAGAGACCGUGAAUCCAUGAAUGAACACACAUCGGCUAAAUGGGGAAAGAAGUAGGACAACCUCCAGCCGGUGGAGCUGUUGCUGCAGUUCCCACUAUCUACCACCAAGUGUCGGUAUUUAUCCCUUUAAAAAGGAGGAGGGGGGGUCGCUCAUUUCCCCCGGACUGUUUUGAUCACAUGGUGCGUGGAAGGUUUGAAGUUGCAGCUUCAUGUCACACAUGCGAAGUGGAUGGCACACGGGCGCAGGAGUGAGAGAGGACAGAGGGGAGAACCUGAGCUUAUCCACCGCAACUGGGAAAGGGAAGGAGAAGGAAGAAGUAGUAGUAGUGAAGGGAGAAGUAGACGGAGAUCAAACAAGAACAUGUGGAGAACGAUGGAGCUGCAAAGCUGUGGAAUCCCACCACCAACACUGGCACCGGCGUCUCUGGAUUCCAUGUGCUGAGACUCUUGAGGAGCCGUGGCGCGUCCAGCCUGUAGUGUGUAGCCUGUACAAUGGUCACAAAUGGUUCUCACCUGAACAACACCUCGUUGGACUUUAAUGAUACCGUCUUGAGCCGCCCGCCGUGGGUCACCACAACUUUGGGCUGCUUCCUCAUUUUCACCAUCGUGGUCGACAUCCUGGGCAACCUGCUGGUCAUCUUCUCCGUGUACCGCAAUAAGAAGCUCAGGAACGCAGGAAAUAUCUUUGUGGUCAGCCUGGCAGUGGCAGACCUGGUGGUGGCUAUCUAUCCAUACCCUCUGGUCCUCACCUCCAUCUUCCACAAUGGCUGGAACCUGGGAUACGUCCACUGCCAAAUCAGCGGCUUCCUCAUGGGCAUCAGUGUCAUCGGCUCCAUCUUCAACAUCACGGGCAUCGCCAUCAACAGAUACUGUUACAUCUGCCACAGCCUCAAAUAUGACAAACUCUACAGUGACAAAAACUCUGUGUGCUAUGUAAUGCUGAUCUGGGCUUUGACUGUGGUGGCCAUCGUGCCUAACCUCUUUGUUGGGUCACUACAGUACGACCCGCGGGUUUACUCCUGCACCUUCGAACAGUCAGCCAGCUCAGCCUACACCAUGGCAGUGGUUUUCUUCCAUUUUAUUUUGCCCAUCAUGAUUGUUACCUACUGCUACCUGCGUAUUUGGAUAUUGGUCAUACAGGUGAGGCGGAGGGUCAAACCAGACAACCGGCCCAAGCUGACGCAGCACGACGUUAGAAACUUUGUCACCAUGUUUGUCGUCUUUGUGCUGUUUGCCGUCUGCUGGGGACCGCUCAACUUUAUCGGCCUGGCCGUAGCGAUCAAACCGGAGGUCGUGAUUCCUCUGAUUCCCGAGUGGUUGUUUGUGGCCAGCUACUUCAUGGCCUACUUCAACAGCUGCCUUAAUGCCAUUGUAUAUGGAGUGAUGAACCAGAACUUUAGGCGCGAGUACAAGCGCAUUGUGGUGUCAGUGUGCACGGCUCGCAUCUUCUUCCAGGAGAGCUCCAACGAGGCAGGGGAGCGGCUGAAAAGCAAACCCUCACCGCUCAUGACCAACAAUAACCAGGUUAAAGUUGACUCUGUCUGAUUCAAGACUCAGGAAAAGAUGAGGGCAGACACACAGAGUCCAUGUCUAUACAAGUCUUGAGUCUUCUCUGUUGUUUUUCAUUUACCCCAAAAGUGUCGGUUUAAGUCCAGAAUUAAAUAAAACAAUUUCUGAUAGGGUAUUUUAUAUUUUUUAUUUUAUCUAGGAAUUCAACUUCAAAAUCAAUUAAAACCCUAAUCCUAAGGUUCUUUGACUAGAUCCCAUUGCAGGUUUUUUCAAAUCUUUUUGAUUCAGAUUAUGUGACGAUCAAUGUCAAGUAGCAAAGUGUAUUUUGUUGCCAUUUAUAGUGUCUCUGGAAUCAUUGUCAGCUAAAGAGUAACCUGGAUAGAACAGCAUGUCCAAGUGUAGGUUUGUUUCGUUUAAGACUUACAAGACUUAAAAUCAUAGCAAGCAAAUCUUUGGAGCAGGUCACGACCUGCUUUUUUGCUUUGCCUAUGGACUGAAAUUCACUUCUUGACAAAUGUUCUGAUAGAAUGAAUUGGUUCAAAUGUUGAUGGACAGAGCUACAUUCAUUUUAGUUUUAGUUUCCAAAUUCAGCAAUUGCUGUGAUUUGUAAAUCUCAUCAAAUAAACCAAAACUCAGCUCAAGAUGCUCUGAUGAAACCUGUCAAAGCUAAUCGUCUAUAGUCGACGCCCUUUGGAG